AAAAGGCAAUUCAUUGGUUCGGUGGAGGCUUGUUUUACUACGAUCUGCCCGAGCUUCUUUUGCGACCAUCUCGCAAAGCGCCUUCCUUGACGAUCUCCUCCUUUAGAUUGGAAGCCUGGUCGCUUCUCUUGGGCGCAAAGGAAAAAACGGUAUUAUCGCGAGAACCGUCACAUUGUCCGAAAAGAUUAUCUUCUUUUUUUUUUCUUGUUUGGGUUUGGAUAGAUCAUAAAAAGUUCCGUUGCUACUAGACUGGUAAGUUGGACAUCAUACGAUAGCAAGACGGGAUCACUCAUGAGGGGUGCGCCGACAGACGCGAUCACGAAAUUCAUUUGCACUUCUUAUACCUUUCUGAGACUGUCGCAAACCUUCACGUUAUUGUAUCGGUUCCUGGUUUGAUCCGAAAUUGUACUUUACAAGGUAUGUGUGUCGUCAAUGCGUUCUGUCUGUCUUACCUCGGUGAAUGAAGCCCGCAACGUCCCCUACAACCUCAUGAUGUGAAUUGGUAUCCUCCCUCAUCAGCAAUUGGCUGGGCUGUCGGCAUGGUGAAAGCAAUACCAUACAGUCCAGUAUCUCGAUGAUUGGGGGCAGCUACAUCUGACAUCAUCCAACAUCUUAAGCUUCUGCAAGACAAUUGCCGCGUGCUAAGCUAUCUGAUGAUUCGAAACUCGGCAAAUAUUCACCUGCCUAGUCAUUGAAUCAGGAAGUGAAUGCUGCUUUCUGGUUAUGAUAUGACAUCAUUAGGAUCAUUGUGCAUUGUGCAUUUAUGAAUCCAGGCACCGGUGACUCCCAGCUCCUCCGCAUCCCGCUAUCGCCACCAGAAGCUGCCCGUUGUCUACUAGCUUGCCAUAUAACCCCCCACCACCCAUCCUCAUUUCAUCGUUCUCUGUUCCCUUCUUUUGCUUUCUGCCAUCAUAUCCGGAGCUUUCCAUUUUUUGAUUUCGAUCCCCCCACAACGUUAAUGCAGGCUGGGCUAACCUACCAAUGGGAUUUCCAGAGCUCAAGCUCUCCGGAGAUCUCCCUUUUUAUUGAACCCUGGGGAUAAAAGAUCUUCACCUGCUGUUUGCUCAUAGAUUUCUGCUUCUUCUUGAUUUCUCCGUCUCUUUAAUUUGAUUGGCCUGCGUGCAGACUCCAACAUUGCAAGGUAACCCUCCCUAUUCCAUCGGAGAACCGGAACUCGGAUUGACAUUAUAUCCUCAAGUCACCUUGACGAAAGUCAUCCAACCCAACAAAUAGUGUGAUUGACUACAACAAUCACUCAUUGCUUCUUCAGAACUGUACGUUAGCCGUCUCAGAACAUAUCAUCGCCCUUAUAUCUUAUGAAUUUGUGGCCGAGGCCUUGAGAGAGCCCUCAAACCUCGGUUUAAGCCUAGUGACAAUUAGUUUGUUUAGAAAACACCAUGGCUGCACCAACCGGCAAAAUUAUGCAGGCAACCAAGCCCGGCACUGUGACCCCAUCUAACAACGCGUCCGCGAGGCUGGAGAAGACUCAUCCCGGCGUUCGCCGCUCAACGCCUGACUCAGAAGCAUUGGCGUCUUCCGAUGAUGAUGGGGAGCAUGUGCAGUUUAACGCAGCAAAUCCGGCUAUUCCUGCGCCCAAGCCUGCGCGCCGUACUUCGUGGCUGAACGAAGUACCAACCAACCUCCCCCGAAAGUCCUCCCUUACCACCGCUAAUCCAUUGUCCUCGGGGGGCUCGAAUCCUACCAGCCCCGCCACCGAUCAGUCCGGGUGGCCCACUAACACCUCUCCUGGAAUGAGUAGCUCGAUUCAUUGGAAUCACGUUGGAAGCAGUUCGUUUCCAUGGGGCACAGGUAUCUGGAACACGGAAUCUAGAAAAGAACCUCCUCCUCGACUGUCCGAGAUUGUUCCAUCCCCUACGAUGACCAAUCCAAAUUCCUAUUUCAACGAGGAGUUAUUGAGCCCCACGACUCGCACGGCAUCGGGAGAUUCGGCCAUCCCAUUCUCUAUUCCACUUCAUCCCACGCCCAAGACAUAUCGCUCGCAGUCUUACUCGGUGGGCCAGUUGGAUCCCGAAUACUUGAGCCUCAUGGCCAACAAGUCAGCGUCGCCCUAUUCCGGUGCGCGUCCGCGGAACGGCGGCCAGUUUUCUGCGUUACAGCAUCGUUCUUCUCGGCCGAGCCUGCUCGGAGAACUGGGCCACGACCCUGCUACGCUUGGCCGCGUGCGCGAAGACGACGACGACGACGAUGCCGAAAGCCCCAGUGGCUCCGAUGGCGGUCUACCUACUUUUUCCACCAGCCAAGCCCGCGCUAUCGAGCAGCUUUCUAGAGAAAAUGCAUAUCUUCGGCAGGCCGCUGGCCAACUAGAUAGCGGUUUCAGAGAUCGUGCCAUGUCGUCGGCGUCGGCAACCAGUGGAUAUGCAGUUGGAGCUGGUAUCCAUAAUCUGCAUCGCCUCCCGGGGAGUGUCCCCGAAGAGGGAGAUCUUGCAGUGGAGGAUCUGGACGAGGUGGGCGACAUUCCCGGAUACAGUAACAUCCAUAGCAAUACUCGACGGAGAUAUUCCGAACACUCGGCCAAUCUCGAGAAACAGUUCCCGUCGAUCAACUCCAUGGACAACCGUGCUCUGGAUAACUUCAGGAAAGCCCAUUGGCAGACAUCCCUCGGCUUCGGAAGCAUGUCAGACAUCCCCCAGAGCCGACGACACUCCUUCGCGGACAUUCCUAUCCGGCACACUUCGGUAUCCGGGGACUCUUCUAGGAACCAGCUUGGAGAUCGGGAAGAAACCUAUACGGGUAUUGGCGACGGCUCCCUGUCAAAUGCCCAAGGCCAGAACCGUGAGUACCAGCGUUUUCAAACGGUUCCUCGCUCCGAGGAACAUGAACUGGAAGCCGAAUAUUUACGAGCUCGUCGAUUUGCAGAAUCCUAUUUUGCUCGCGACCAGGCUCUCCGUGCUGCCGAGGGUGCGUCCGCGGUUCCGCCGUCUCUUCACCCGGCCUACACGAUGCCGAAUGCCUACGGUCGCCACCAGCCAGGCCUCAUGCACCCGCAUCAGAACCAGCUCUUGUAUAUCGUAUCGUUCAAAUGCCACCGUGCCGAUGUGUUCUACAUCCAGGAAGACACUGGCCUUCAGGUGAAGGUCGGGGACCUGGUCAUCGUCGAAGCUGACCGUGGUACCGACCUGGGAACCAUUGAGCAUGCCAACAUUACUAUGCAAAAGGCUCGGGAAUUGAAGCAACACUACGCCGAGGAGCAUUACAAGUGGCUCAUGAUGUUCUCCAGGCAAGGCCAGAACGGAGCAGCGAAUGUCGUCAACACCUCCAGUGGCGUCUCCGGCAUGGCUGGUCGCAGCGCAAUUGGUGGUAUGGGUCCGCAUGGGCCGCAUGGGGUGCAGGAAUCUACCGUCGACAUCAAGCCCAAGUUGAUCAAGAGACUUGCCCAGAACCAUGAAAUCAUGACCCUGCGCGACAAGGAGGGCAACGAGGCGAAGGCCAAGCGAGUCUGCAAUCAGAAGGUUGCCGAACAUCGACUCAAUAUGGAAAUCCUUGAUGCCGAAUUUCAAAUGGACUGGAAGAAGCUUACUUUCUAUUACUUCGCGGAUUCGUACAUCAAUUUCAACUCUCUCGUCACCGAUCUGUUCAAAAUCUACAAAACUCGUAUCUGGAUGUCGGCUAUCAAUCCAGCGUCGUUUGUCACGCCUCCGUCUGCCGGAUUGCAGUCUCCCAACCCUCUUGGAUAUGGCCAGGAUGUGCAGACCGACCGUUCCCAUCAGCAGGAAAGUAGGGCUUUUGGCCCUACUCGAGAUGGUGUGAAUGUCAGUCGAGAAGCCAUUCCUAAUCCAUUGGGAAUGCUACGCAAUGCCUACCCAGAAUCGUACCAGUCUUUCACCCAAGGCCCGCGACCACCUGAGUCCGGCCUCGGUAGGCUUGGUGCCGUUGACCCUUUUUCAACGUACGUACCAAAUGCCUACACUGGCGUAGAACCAGGAUAUGCCGAUUAUGCUUCCGGCUCUGGCGCAACCAGUGGCCCUGGUCGUGCCCACGCUGCUCCAGGCGAAUGGAUGGGUCGUUUCCAAGGCCUGUCUCUCGGUGGCACUUAGAAUGUUGAUUCUAUCUUACUGCCAAACCGUCGUACCCAAACACGCCGAGCCUCCUCGUUCAACCUCUUGUUGAUUUGUUAAUUUUAAAGAACUUUAACUCCACCAUACCUUGUAUCUGAUUCUCUCCAUUCUUUUACACGAGACUUUUUUCUUUCUCUUCCCUCUUAUUCUCAUUCUCCCACUCCCACUUUCUGUCGUUAAUUCAAGUUUCACCCUCUUCUGUUUUCAUGCUUUUACUGUUAUGGGCUUGUUUUUCCUUUCAAAGAGAUUAGAAAAUGUGUGCAGCGGAUCAACCCUUUUUAUGAUCUGUCGUUUACUGCUGAUACCUAAUAGACUUUCAGCUUCACGAACUGAUGGUUUAGCCGUUCGAGCUUUUUAUUUCGCACAAUGAAUUUAUGUUUGUUUCGUUUGAACACAGAUCCGAUGCUACACUCCAAUCACUCGUUGACAUGUUGUAAUAUGUAUUUCUGCCGUUUCAUGCCUUUUUUCAUUCCUCGCAAGGUCUCAGAACGGACAUAGGAGGAAGAAUUCAUGUUUUACAGUUAGAUGAGAAUAAAUUGGACGCUUCCAAUGAGGGACCACAUUCAUUGAGUUUGGUAGUAAAGACUGUAGGGAGUUAG